CAGUCACUUGAGAAACAUUGUAGGGGUCCAGAGGAGCUUUCAAGUUGCUUUCUUUGGGUUAUUCCCUGCCGACACUGAGAGCAGUGACUUGUGGUAUAGAGCUCCCACGAGAGCAACAGUGGCUUCUCUUGCCCCUAAAGGUCAAGACCGGCUUCUCAGAAGAAAGGCGGUCUCUCAGCAGCCCCAGACUACUCCCACAGCUGCUUGGAUGGUGGCUCAGGAGGCAGUGCCCUGUCCCCCUGGAACUCUGUCAAGUGGACCACCCAGCCGUAUGAAGAGGAAAUAAUCUUUGGCUUCUCCACAGGGCAGCCUGAAGAUGGAUAAUUACGUGACAGCCCCAGAGGACGACUAUGACGUCCUCAUAGAGGAUGAUCUGAAUAACGAUGAAAUAAAACUGUGCCCCCUUUACGAAACCAAGAUCCUGUCAACCCGGGUGUUGCCGCAGCUCUACGCCACCGUGUUCCUGGCUGGUCUCCUGGGCAGUCUCUUGGUUGUGCUCAUCCUGGUAAAACAUAAAGGACUCAAGCACAUGGGAAAUAUCUAUUUCCUAAACUUGGCAGUUUCAAAUUUGUGUUUCUUGCUUGCCCUGCCAUUCUGGGCCUAUGCUGCGAUGCAUGGGGAGGUUCUCGGCAACUCCAUGUGUAAAAUUCUAGUCGUACUUUACUCCAUAGGCCUGUACAGUGAGGCUUUGUUCAAUAUCCUCCUGACUGUGCAAAGGUACCUAGUGUUUAUCAACGUGAACUUUCCCUCGACCACGAGAGCAGUGCACUGGGGCAUCAACUCGAGUGUUCUGGCAUGGGUCUUAGCCACUCUGGUCAUUUUGCCUGAAUCCAUGUUUUACAAACCUCAGAUGGAAAGCCAGAAAUACAAGUGUUCCAUUAGCAGACCUCACUUCCUGCCGGCUGAAGAGACAUCCUGGAAGUAUUUUCUCACCUUAAAGAUGAACAUUUUGGGAUUUCUUUUCCCACUGUGCGUUUUUGUAUUUUGCUACGCGCGAAUGAGAAGAAUACUAAGGUCUGGAGAGAGGGGGAAUGGCCUUCACCAGCUGGUUUUCGCCAUAAUGGCUGUCUUCCUUCUGAUGUGGGGACCCUACAAUAUUGCACUUUUCCUGUCCACUUUCAAGGAAUAUUUCUCCCUGCAUGACUGUAAGAGCAACUACAACCUGGACAAAAGCGUUCAGAUCCUUAGAAUUUUCGCGACCACCCACUGCUGCGUCAACCCCCUCCUCCACGUGUUCCUCGACACCAUGUUCAGAAGACACCUUCGCCGCCUUUGCUGUGUGCAUGACAGCAGUCUGCUCCAGUCCACUGAGGAAUCUGCACGAGCUGCACCAAGGGAAGAACGUGACCAUUCUACCAAAGUGUAA